AUGAUUUCCUCCGCCGUCGUCAUCCCGGACGAGCCUCAACCCCAGCCCGAAAGUCCUACGGAGACCCCAUCUCUGAAGCGGCGCCAGUCGUCCAUCUCCUCGGAAACAAGCAAACGGCCUCGCUUGGAUGCGCAGCCCUCGUCGAACGAGCGAGCAGAUUCUCCCACGACCCAAUCGCCAACGACGAGUCGCAAUGGCGCAGGCGGUGCGUCGUCUCCUCCGCGCCAGGCGGACUCGGGGCGCAGAAAGUCCUCGCUGAACAACGUCGAACAAGACAAGUCGCGCAACCGCAGACUCUUCGGCUCGUUGCUGGGAACACUGGCGCAAUCGUCGAGACCGCCCAAGUCGGGCGUGGGGGCCACGAACGCCGCAUCCGCGGCGGCGGCGCGCAACUCGCGGCGCGAAGAGAUCGAGAACCGACAGCGGGAGCGACUAAAGCGGGAGAAGGAGGAGCUGGCAGACACGGCUCGUAGGAAAAAGGAGGAAUUGGAUCGUGUGCGACGGAUCGAGCAGCGCAGGUGGGACGAGGGUGGCAUGAGAAUCCGACACAGGAAUCUGAGGGCAGUUGCUCGGUCGUUGAAGACCAAGACAGAUCCUCCAUUGUACUAUAAGCCGUGGGAACUAAGGGAGCACGAAGAAGAAAUCAUCAAGCGCCAAAUAGACGAGGCAGAGGAAACCAUCCGGCGAGAACUGGACGAGCACCGAUCGAAACGGCCACAUGAGUCCCCGAGUCCCGAGAGCAAGCGUGAUCAGGAGGAUGUGACUAAGCGCGCCGAAGGCGAUGGAGAUCGACUACGGAACGGGUCCAGCCUCCCUCUGGCAACUGAUGACGGUGAUCGAGACGAGUCUAAUGGGCGUGGAAAGGCGGACGUCGACAUGACUUUGAAUGCGGAAGGGCCAUCUAAACACGAGGCGAAAGAAGACGAUGAGCAACGGCCCACUAGCGCUAGCAAAGAUGAUGACCAUGGCGGUGAAGAGCUGGAGAGGGGUCAAGAAGACGAUGUUAUUUACUGA